UUCGAGUUAUUAGUUAUCACUAUUUUUAGCACUUUUUUUUUCACGGUAGAACUCAGCUUCAGACUUCUCGUCUUUUCAUCCGCGAAUCCAGAAAUCACAAUGCCGCUGCCGAUGUAUAUGCAGGGCCCUGUGGAGCCGAUGCAGGUUGAUAUGCAAGGUGAAGGUUCAGACUCGCAGGAAGAAUUGAGAUACAGCGUGGACAAUCCAACACUGGAUGUUGAAGCCUAUGCGGCAAGUUACAUGGGAUUGGCAAAAAUCAACAGACUCCUGUUUGUCGCCCUCCAUUGUCCAGCCUUCAAGAUUGAGGCUCUUCGAAUGGCUUUGAACUACACACAGACAACCUACAAUACACACAUGUAUCAGCUUGUACACAGGAAACUCACUGAUGCUGUAUCCAAUUCCUCUGUGUUACCUGAUGCUGUAUCUGGGGUAGUUCACAACAUACCAUCUCUGGACACUCAGUGGAUUGAAACAACCAAUAAAAAGGCUGCUCUUAAGCUGGAGAAACUUGACACAGACCUCAAGAACUACAAGAGUAACUCUAUCAAAGAGAGCAUCAGGAGAGGACAUGAUGAUCUUGGAGACCAUUAUCUGGAUCAAGGUGAUCUCAGUAAUGCCCUCAAGUGUUAUUCCAGAGCCAGGGAUUACUGCACCAGUCCUAAACAUAUCAUUAACAUGUGUCUCAAUGUUAUUAAGGUUAGCAUUCAUCUUCAGAAUUGGUCUCAUGUGCUGAGCUAUGUCAACAAAGCUGAGGCAACACCUGAACUGUCAGAGAAAGACACAAAAGAUAACUUAACAGUAGCUACCAAGCUUAAGUGUGCUGCUGGAUUAGCAGAACUCGCCACCAAGAAAUACAAACCAGCAGCCAAGUACUUCCUUCAGGCUUCCUUUGAUCAUUGUGACUUCCCUGAUCUGAUGUCACCAAACAACGUGGCCAUGUAUGGUGGGCUCUGUGCUUUAGCUUCUUUUGAUAGACAAGAACUGCAGAAAAAUGUCAUCUCCAGCAGCUCCUUCAAAUUGUUCCUAGAGCUGGAGCCACAGCUGAGAGAUAUCAUCUUCAUGUUCUAUGAAUCUAAGUAUGCAUCAUGUCUCAAGCUCCUGGAGGAGAUUAAAGAUAAUCUCCUCCUUGACAUGUACCUUGCUCCACAUGUCUCCGUCCUCUACUCACAGAUCAGGAAUAGAGCUCUCAUACAGUACUUUAGUCCAUAUGUAUCUGCUGAUAUGCAGAAGAUGGCAAGUGCAUUCAAUACCUCUGUAGCAGACUUAGAAGAUGAACUCAUGACACUCAUCUUGGAUGGCCAGAUCAAUGCAAGAAUCGACUCACACAAUAAGAUUGAUACAUUUUUUGGGCUUGAAUUCAGACUUUCAGACCCUUGGGAGAUACAUCUACAUCCACAGCAAACAUUUUCAAGAUCCACUUGUAACCUCAAGAGAGUAGUCAUAGUGUAGCUGACAGGCGACAUAAAAACAUUUCAUCCGUGGCAAAAACAAGGUUAUAGAUCUUUCUGUUUGGGCAUCUUUACAGUCUUUUCAAUAGUUGUUGGCAUUUUGAAAUGGCUAUUAUACAUUGGAAUUCAUAGUGAAGCCAGGUACAUGUUGUUAACGAUGCCAUAGUGCUGACUCUCUAAUCCUGUAACGAGAUGGCGAAGAGUGUCCAAAUUAUUAUACAUGUCUAUCCUCUCUUCCUGGGUGGAAACUCUAAAGAAGUUGUUGGCUUAUUCAUUGAGGUUUUUUUUUAUUGUUUGUUUCAAUGAAGAAAUGGGGGGUAAAAGUAGUGGGCACACCUAAACCAGAAGAAGAGAUAAGUUUUUGUUGUGGGGGAGGGGUUACAUGAAGAAAGGGGGAGGGGGCAUGAAAGGACUGAUAAAAAUCACUGCAAGCAAUAGGCUUCAGGGGCAAAUUCCAACAUGUAUUUCCAGACCCUGUCCAAUUUAAAGACAAUACCAUACCAUUUUCAGUUGACGUACUGGCAUAUUAGUAUUACUCACGUGCAAAUUUAUAUUGUGUAAUCCCAUACUCAUUAUGAUGAAUAGUUUUCACUACUUUUAAAAAAACAUUCAUACCACAACAUUUGCCAAGAAAUUUCCUGCUUACAUGUACAAGCACUCUUUAUUGAAGUAAGGAUCAUACAUGUACAUGUAUACCUAUCAUAUUUCUUUAACAUUUUUUGGUGAACAGUCAAAGUUGUGGGGUCCAAACAAAUGAGCAGCAUUUAUAAUUUACACAGUAAAUAAUGCAAACUGAUCAUGCCCUAAUUGCAGUGUUUACAGAAAUAAUUGCCAGUUAGUGAGAUUUGAUAAUGAAAAAUCUCACACUUAUUUCUCUACCAUUGGCAUAUCUACAGUGUACAUGAAUGGCAAUACAAAUUAUUAUACUUUUUCUCAAUUUGACUCAAAUUAGUGUGAUUAAUCUGCAGUAAUACAAGAAAUUCUCUGGCAUGCGAUAUGAUGGAUGGCACAUUACACAGUGAGCAGGAUGUACAAAAUUUACCAUUUUGUAGCUGUUUUGUGAACUAAAGCCUCAGAGAAAACUAAACACACAGAAUUUGCUGUUUUUUCAAAACAGCAAAGGGAGGGGAAAUGGCGAUAAAAUUGUAUGUUCCACUUAAUGCUGAUAACCACUGAAUUCCAAAGAGCUUUAUAGUGUCGGUAUUAUCCAGAUCAAAUCGGCUACCGAUUAUUGGGAUUAUUAGGUCCUCACUGGCAAAAAAUAUAUGCAGAUCUGUAUCUAGGUGCUCUCUCAAAAUUUGCUCCAAAUAUUUUGUAUCAUGGUGAAUUACUUAAAUGAUAUGCUUCUACAGUACUUUUGUAACAAUACCAUCAAUCUAUCAAUUUAUGGUUUGCAGCUAUGGGGUGUGUGUGACAGGGGUAAUAGUUUGUUUCGUAAGGCUUUGAAUCUACAUGUACAGUAGAUUGAAAUAGCCUUAUUUUACACUGUAAGUCUCUGAUCAUCUAUUUCUGAUGAAAAUGUAGGUUUACUCUGUGCUAUGACUAUUCUCCUAAAUUAUAAUUUGUGACUAUACAGUGCAUAAAACAAUUAACUCUUUGAAAAAAAAAUUCCUAUAAAAUGUAAUAUUGUAAAGCGUUUCCCUCACUUACAUAUUGGUGCAAGUCUGAUUAGAUGCUGAAAGUUGUUAAACAAGUAGUGUCUGCUUUAUUUUCAUGGACUAUAAAAUGCACAGAACUAUGAGUAUAAUGCUGAAAAUUUGAUCAAAAUUGGAUGUAAAAUAAGAAAGUUAUGACAUUUUCAAGUUUCGCUUAUUUUUUACAAAACAGCUGUAUGCACAAUUCAGUGGCAUGCAAAUGAGAGAGUCGAUGAUGUCCCUCACUCACUAUUUCUUUUGUGUUUUUUGUUUGAAUUAUACUAUAUUUUAAUUUUUGCAGAUUUGACAAUAAGGACCAACUUGACUGAACCACAUAGUAUCAAACAAUGCAAAUUCCACAUGUUUAGGGAGGAAUUAUUGUUGUUUCACAGGACAAUGAGGAAAAUUUUAGAAUAUUUCAUAUAAUAAAAUACGAAAGAAAUAGUGAGUGAGUGAGUGAUGUCAUCAGCCCUCUCAUUUGCAUACCAACCAGGAUGUGAAUAUGACUGUUUUGUGAAAUUAAGCGAAACUUCAAAAUGUCAUAACUAUCUUAUUUCACAUCCGAUUUUGAUGAAAUUUUCAGUGUUAUGCUUGUUGGAUUUUUCUCUUUUUAUUCAAAUCAACUGUUUGUUGGGGUGGACUUGUGACAAUUUAUGGUUUGCAGCUAUGGGGUGUGUGUGACAGGGGUAAUAGAUUGUUUCGUAAGGCUUUGAAUCUACAUGUACAGUAGAUUGAAAUAGCCUUAUUUUACACUGUAAGUCUCUGAUCAUCUAUUUCUGAUGAAAAUGUAGGUUUACUCUGUGCUAUGACUAUUCUCCUAAAUUAUAAUUUGUGACUAUACAGUGCAUAAAACAAUUAACUCUUUGAAAAAAAAAUUCCUAUAAAAUGUAAUAUUGUAAAGCGUUUCCCUCACUUACAUAUUGGUGCAAGUCUGAUUAGAUGCUGAAAGUUGUUAAACAAGUAGUGUCUGCUUUAUUUUCAUGGACUAUAAAAUGCACAGAACUAUG